AUGGACGCCGUCUCACUCUCCUGCGCGGGCGUGGCGCCGCGGAGCGCGCUCCUGUCCCACUCCUUCGCCGACGCGGGCAUCGCGCGCGCGCUCCAUUUCUCCCUCUCCGAUCACGCCCCGGCCGAGCCGCCCGCGGCCACGACGAUGCUGAUGCACGGCGCCGUGGCAGGGACGGACUGUCCCGGUCCCGCGAUGGCCGCAGCGCCGUCGCCGUCGUCGUCCGCGCGGUGCCGGCUGGGCCCGGCGGGCGGGCACGCGGGGAAGCGGCGCCGGCCGCGGCCGUCCAAGCGCGCGCCCACCACGUACAUCAGCACCGACGCCGCCACCUUCCGCGCCAUGGUGCAGCGCGUCACCGGCGCCGACGAGGCCGACCUGCUGCAGCCGCCGCAGCAGCAGCAGGACGGCGGCCUCCUCCUGCCGCACCUCGGCGUCGAGCAGUUCCUCCUGGCGGCGGGACACGCGCCGCACGUCGCUGCUGCUGCUGCACCGUACGCGACGGCCACGCCCGCCGCGGCGGCGGCGGAGCAGCAGCCGCUGUUCCCGACGCUGGACUCGUGGAACGUCAUGUACGGGAAGAAGAACGAGGUGGUCUCGGCCCUCACUGCUGGCCCAUGA